UGAACUGCUCAACUUCAACAAACAGUAAUUUGCAAUCCUUAGCCAAAGGUACACAUUCAAGUUGAAAUAAGAAAGUGAACUUUUUUGAAAGAAGAUGAAAUUUGUGAUGCUUCUGCUGGUCUUCACUGCCAUGGUGGGCUUCAGUGCUCUUUGCCAAGUUAUUGACUCCCAAGUAUCAGACAAAAACGUGACAGCCAGUUCAGGAGAUGCAGUUGGAUCUGCUGAUGUUACCAGUCACACCAGAUCCACCAAGCAGAGAAGUGCAAACUGUGUCUGUGCAGGAAGAAGUAAAGCACGGAGAGGGUGUCAGUGCAAAAUGAAUAAUUUUAAAUAUGGACUCAGUCCAGAGGAGAGGGUCCUGUGCUUAAAUAAAGGCAUUCGAAAUUACAAAAAAUGCAAGACUGUGAUUCUCAAGACUGUGAGAACCAAGGAGGAUCCCAAACAAAUUAGUAUCCCAAUGUAAUCAUACACAUUCUAACUUCUUUGCAAGGCUAGCAUAAAUAUUCAGCAUUUGCUGCUUCAUACAUAGAGUAUUAUCUUUUAUUAAGCUCAUCAAGUAUUCCAAAAGGCAGAUGUGGGAGAUACCAUAAAUCAUUUAUUUCACUACAAUAUUAUGCAUAAGUACAGGUAUACAGAUUGCAUGUAGAAUAUAGAUACAAUUUUCACAAAGUGCCUUCUGAUGAUAUAUUUGCUAGAAAAAUAUUCUUUAGCUGUAUUUUAUCACAAUUUAAUCCAAUCUCAUUAAAAAGUAUAAAUCACUAUCAUUCAAUGUGUAUUGUCUAUGAUGUUCAAUUAACUAAUGAUAUAAAAGUAGUUUGAAUGAAAGUGUGCACGGUUCAUGUUUGUAAAAAAAAAAAAAAGUAACAAUAAAAAAAGUAUUAAUACAAAGACUAUAUAAUGAGGGUUUUUAAACCGUGAAGAAUAAUAUGGCAGUGAUUUAAUCCUUUGUCUAUUAAAUAUAAGGAAAAAAGUAGAAAAAAAAGCAAGUAUAGCCAGUAUAAUUUAUGCAAGGAUAGCAGCGAGUACAAAUGUUUAAUAAACACAAUGCCCUGCUGAAAAAUUAUCAUUUGUGUAAGCAUUGAUCAGUCUGACAGUUUUUUCCCCCUGUCCUGGCGAAAUUAAUGUGCACUAUUGAUAGAGGUACUUGUAGGACAUUUUGAUGG